AUGGAAAUGUCCAUCAAAGCUGAAAGUAUCGAUAUAAAAUCGGAAGAUGAGGAAAAUAGUAACACGCCACUGCUGAGUUCCGAUGUUGUACCAUUCGAGGAGAGUGACUGUAAAGAUGAAGUAGAGGAUGGAUGUAAACACGAUAAUGGAUCAGAAGUGAAGACCAAGCAGGAGCACAACGUAUUGUACAAAUGUGAUAAAUGUAUUUACGAAACUGAAAGUGAGAUCUGUUUUACGGCACACUGUGCGAGACACGAGAACGAUUUGGAAGCGUAUAAAUGUGAAUCGUGUGAGUACGAAACUGAAAAUGAGAAAUUAUUUCAGAGGCACCUGUUGAGGCAUAAAGACUCUUCAAAGGUUCAAAUGUACAGGUGUAAUGAGUGCGAUUAUGAAACUAAAGCAAUGGCUGAUGUUAAGGAAACUUCAUGUAGGCUUUGCCUUAAAUAUAUAACCGAUGAAGGUUUUGAAGUGAUAGACAACAGUAUCAGAGACAUGUUAUAUUUUCUUUUGCUGAAACUGAAAUUUGAUGACGAGGGCAAAGAGGUUAUAUGUAACGUUUGUAGAAGAAAGUUAAAUGCGGCGUCAGGAUUUAAAUCAACAUGUAGGAAUACCGAUAAAGCAAUUAUUCCAUAUGUGGAUAGCGAGAAAGUGUUACAGCUCGACUUAACAGAAGUGUACAUGCAGGAAAAGAAAAGUGAAGUAGUUUGCAGUCAGAAAAUAUGUCGAUUGUGUAUGCACCCAGUAGAAAGUGAGUUUAGGUGCAUACGUGAAGUGGAACUUGAAGCUAUUGAGAAAUUGGCUCCUGAAGUGAUUAUAAACAUCGUCAAAGAUCCCGUUGUAUGUAGGCCAUGCUUGGAUUCUCUGUGUACUCACAACAGUUUCCUAAAAGAUUGCUUAGAGGUAGAAGAAAAAGUUAAAAGUAUUUUUGAUUCUUCAGCCACAGGAAAUCAAAUAGUUACGUCUCCACUUGGUUUAUUCGUUAAGACUGAAAACCUGGACAAGAAAUUCUAUAUUAACGAGAUGGAAAUGCCCAUCAAAGUUGAAAGUAUCGACAUAAAGUCGGAAGAUGAGGAAAUUAGUGACAUGCCGCUGCAGAGCUCGGAUAUCGUACCAUUUGAGGAAAGGGUCUGUAAAGAUGAAGAGGAUGGAAGUAAACGUGAGAAUGGAUCAGAAAUGAAAACCAAGCUGCAGCGCAAAGUGUUGUGCAAAUUCAGUAAAUGCAUUUACGAAACUGGAAGUGAGUUCCAUUUUACAACGAACGAUUCGGAAGUGUAUAAAUGUGAAUCGUGUGAGUAUGAAACUGAAAAUGAGAAAUUACUUCAGAGGCACCUGUUGAGGCAUAAAGACCCGCCUCAGAUAAAAAUAUACAGGUGUAAAGACUGCCAUUACGAAACUAAAUACAGGAGUUAUUUCAAACGACACCAACUGAAACAUAAAGAUCCUUCGCAGGUUCCACUGUACAGUUGUAAAAACUGCGAUUACGAAACUAAAUAUAAGAAUGGUAUGAUACGGCACAACCUGAAACAUAAAGAUCCUUCACAGGUUCAAAUGUACAGAUGUAAAAACUGUGAUUUCGAAACUAAAUACAAAGCAAUGGCUGAUGUUAAGGGAACUUUGUGUAGACUUUGCUUUAAAUAUAUAACCGAUGAAGGUUUUGAAGUGGUAGAUAACAGUAUUAGAGACAUGCUAGAUGUUCUUUUGCUGAAACUAAAAUUUGAUAACGAGAGCAAAGAGGUUAUAUGUAAAGUUUGCAGAAGAAAGUUAAAUGCGGCGUCAGAAUUUAAGUCAACAUGUCUGGAUACCGAUAAGGCAAUUAUUCCUUAUGUGGAUAGCGAGAAAGUGUUACAGCUCGACUUAAGAGAAGUGUACAUGCAGGAAAAGAAAAACGAGUUAGUUGAUAUUUCUUGCAGUCAGAAAAUAUGUCGAUUGUGUAUGCAGCCAAUAGAAAGUGAGUUUAAGUGCAUAUAUGAAGUGGAACUUGAAGCUAUUGAGAAAUUGGCUCCUGAAAUGAAUUUGAAUAUCAUCAAAGAUCCCGUUGUUUGUAAGUCAUGCUUCGAUUCUCUUGGUACUCACAACAGUUUCUUGAAAGAUUGCUUAGAGGUAGAGAGAAAAAUUGAAAGUACUUUUGAUUCUUCAGCCACAGAAAAUCAAAUAGACAUGUCUUCACUUGAUUUAUUGGUUAAGACUGAACAUUUAGACAGAGAAUUCGAUGUCAAUGAGAUGGAAAUGUCCAUCAAAGUUGAAAGUAUCGACAUAAAGUCGGAAGAUGAGGAAAGGAGCAAUAUGCCACUGCAGAGCUCCAAUAUGGUACCAUUCGAGGAGAGUGAUUGUAAAGAUGAAGGAGGGGAUGGAUGUAAACAUGAAAAUGGAUCAGAAGUCAAAACCGAGCAGGAGCGCAAAGUAUUGUACAAGUGUGAUAAAUGUAUUUACGAAACUGAAAGUGAGAUCCAUUUUACGAUACACUGUGCGACACACGAGAACGAUUCGGAAGCAUAUAAAUGUGAAUCGUGUCAAUAUAAAACUAAAAAUAAGACAUUACUUCAGAGGCACCUGUUGAGGCAUAAAGAUCCAUCACAGAAUAUGAAUAUCAUCAAAGAUCCCGUUGUUUGUAAGCGAUGCUUGGGUUCUCUGUGUACUCACACGAGUUUUCUAACAGAUUGCUUAGAGGUAGAGGAAAUAAUUAAAAGUACUUUUGAUUCUUCAGCCACAGAGAGUCAAAUAGAUACGUCUUCUCUUGAUUUAAUUGUUAAGACUGAAAAGUCAGACAAAGAAUUUGAUACUAAUGAGAUGGAAAUGUCCAUCAAAGCUGAAAUUAUCGACAUAAAAUCAGAGGAUGAGGAAAGAAGCAACAUGCCACCGCAGAGCUCCGAUAUCAUACCAUUCGAGGAUAGUGUCUGUAAAGAUGAAGAAGAGGAUGGAUAUAAACAUGAGAGUGGAUCAGAAAUGACAACCAAGCAGGAACGCAAAUUAUUCUACAAAUGUGAUAAAUGCAUUUACGAAACUUUAAACGAGGUCCGUUUUACAGCACACUGUUUCAGACAUAAGAAUGAUUCAGAAUUGUGUAAAUGUGAAAAUGAGAAAUUACUUCAGAGGCAUCUGUUGAAGCAUAAAGAUCCGUCUGAGUUCAGAAAGGAACAGGUUCACAUGGACCAGUCCGAGUUCGAAGAGCCAGCGCAGUGA